AUGGUUUUGCAACGAGAGGCGACUAUUGAUCGGCUGGAUAGACCUAGCGCCUACUAUGUAGGAAAGAACAAGAAGCGAAGAUAUAAUUCAGACCGGGAUGAUGCCGACCGACAAGACGACCCAACGUCGUCGUUGAAGAACGCCACUACUCUCUAUGUUGGCAAUCUCUCCUUCUACACCACUGAGGAACAGAUCCAUGAGCUGUUUGCGAAGUGUGGUGAAAUCAAACGCCUCGUUAUGGGCCUCGAUCGGUUUCAUAAGACCCCCUGUGGCUUCUGCUUCGUCGAGUACUACAACCACCAAGACGCGCUGGACUGCCUAAAAUACAUUGGAGGGACAAAGCUGGAUGAGAGAAUUAUCCGAACAGACCUUGAUCCGGGGUUUGAGGAGGGUCGGCAAUACGGUCGUGGAAAAUCCGGUGGUCAAGUCCGUGACGAAUACAGAGAAGAAUACGACCCUGGGCGUGGAGGCUAUGGUCGGGCAUACGAGGAACAACGCAAACGAGAGGAAGAGGACUACGGUAAAGGUAGGUGA